AUGGCUAUGGUGGUGGCCUGUCUUCUGGUUUUCACCUUCAAAACAAAUAAAAAUAUGGAACAAUCAGGGAUGCCUACUUCUCUAAAGAGGGAGUCGUCCUGCAUAACUGCUUCUCCUGAUGCUAUGGGGGAGUCAUCUAGCUCAGGUACUGCCAGACUUGAUAAAGUAGACAGUUUUCGAGCACUGUAG